UUCUUAAUAAAUUUUUCUUAAAUCGCUUGCUACCCAUUCGCAGUGAUACAUAUUAAUUUGUUCUCAUUAAAUGUUCACGUUCAUUUUUUCCUUUGACAUUUAUUCUUGACAUACAUUUCACUUGAAGGUUUCCACAGAGAUAGGUCGGAGCAAUUAUAUGGUUUCACUAUUCCGUCCUGUGAAUGUUCUUUCGUUGAUACGCACAACAUUUCAUAUCGUUUCAUUGCAAAAUAAAUGAUCUUGAAGUAAAGUCAAGAUAAAAUUACAUUUUGGUAAAAAAGUCGACUUUAAGCGGUCAAUAAAUUAUUAUCAAAAUACCUCUAUCAUCUCGAUGAGAAUCGUCAUCGUUUUAUAUCGUUCGUGUGGUCGAUUAAGCAAUCGCAAGUAUAUAUCCCUAUGGAAUUAAACGGUUAAAAAGAAUGAGAUCAGAAAAGUCGAAUGAACGACCAGAUAUCGUGAUCCCGCGUUCGUACAUAUCAGAUAUAAGGUUUCCCUCGUUCUCUUAUGCGUACGCGCAUGCGCUCUUGCAGAACUUGUGUUUGAAAUUUUAUAUCUCUCGUUGUGCGUCGUCGAACUAUUCAAAAUGAAAGGUGGUAUUCGCUUUGCACAUAGAUAGAAAUCUAUCCGCGAGAGAAGAGCCUGCGAAUGAUCAAAGCGACACUUCGUAAAACUUGUUUUUUCUAUGAGCUGCUACUUUUACGGUCACCGAUAAGGUAUAUUUCGACGUGAUGAUAGACGAUCAUCCCGCCGGAAGAAUCGUUUUAGGCUUGUUCGGGGAUAUCGCUCCAAAAACAGUGAAGAACUUUCUUACGAUAGCUACGACCGGUAUAGAUGGGAGAACUUACGCGGGCACGCCCUUUCAUCGUAUUAUUAAGAAAUUUAUGAUUCAAGGCGGUGAUAUCGAGAAUGGCGAUGGUACUGGAUCUAUCAGUAUUUAUGGGAAAUAUUUCGACGACGAGAACUUUGAUUUACAACAUACCGGACCAUUUUUUCUUAGUAUGGCAAACGCUGGUGAAAAUGCUAAUGGUUGUCAAUUUUUCAUUACGACCGUUGCUACGCCUUGGUUAGACGGAAAGCAUACCGUUUUUGGGAAGGUGAUUGAAGGACAGAGCGUAAUUUUCAAAAUCGAACUGACACAGACGGACGUCUAUGAUAAACCGGUCAAACCGGUAGUUAUAUCCGAAUGUGGAGUAAUUCCGGUGACGUCGCCGUUCUCCGUUUCCGACGAUCCCUACAAUAUCUGGGAAUGGAUCAAAGCGACCUGCGUACCAUUGACUUUCAGUUUCACGGUUCUUGCUUUCUUUCACUGGAUGAUGAAGCAACUUGACGUUUAAAAAUAAUCUAGAAAGUGACUUUAUGUACUGAAAGAGAAAGGAGGGAAUAUCACGAUGGAAGGCGUUCAGAUCGAAUAGGAUAUAAUAUACGUAUAUGUCGUAAGGGAGAGCAAUUGAUAUUACUUAUAUGGAUUCUGAAUAAAUAUUUGUUAAAAUGAAA